GAGAACGAGAGUCACCAGCAGAAGAAGAGAGCGCAGUGUGCGCACCGGAAGUGGAAGGAAUCUUCCGGAGUGUUGUGUUUUUCUGAGUGUGGUGUGAUUUUCUUUAAUUUUUUUCAGUAAAGUUACUGAGUUCAAGGAGGAACAUCAAACAUGACCGAGGAGGUGCAGAAGCACUCUGUGCACACGCUGGUCUUCAGAUCUCUGAAACGAAGCCAUGACAUGUUCGUAGCCGAUCACGCCAAGCAGGUCUCUCUGGAUGAGGAGAGUCAUAAGCUGAAGAUGUCCAUUAAGCUGAGGACGGAGUAUGGACCGGUGUUGCACAUGCCAGUCCUGAAAGAAGGGAAAAGUAAAGUGGCUCCAAACGCCUUGGAUCCGUACAACAGCUCUGGUUACAUGUCAGCCGAGAGUGAUCCCGAGUAUCUCAUCACAGGAACACACCCGUACCCAUCUGCCCCAGGAGUUGCCCUCACGGCUGACACUCAGCUGCAGAAGAUGCCCAGCGAAGCCGCAGUUCACUCCAUGGCACUGGCUCUGCCUCCGUCUCAAGCAAGGCAGGACAUGGCUCGAACUGCAGCGAGUGUUGGAGACAUCCACAGACACGCCGGGGCAGCAGAGCGAUCCCAUCCACCACAGCACUCACUAGUGAGCAGAGCAUUAAUGGAAGCAGGAGGGACAAAGAAUUCAGCUCUGAUCCCCCGCAAAGCUCCAACAAUGCCCAAACCACAGUGGCACCCACCAUGGAAACUCUACCGGGUGAUCAGUGGUCAUCUGGGCUGGGUCAGGUGUUUAGCAGUGGAGCCUGGAAACCAGUGGUUUGUUACUGGAUCUGCAGACAGGACCAUAAAGAUCUGGGAUCUGGCGAGUGGGAAGCUGAAGCUGUCUCUAACAGGUCACAUUAGUACAGUUAGAGGAGUGGCUGUGAGCUCACGCAGCCCGUAUCUGUUCUCCUGUGGAGAGGACAAACAGGUCAAGUGCUGGGAUCUGGAGUACAACAAGGUUAUCCGUCACUACCACGGUCACCUGAGUGCUGUUUACGACCUGGACCUCCAUCCCACCAUUGAUGUUCUGGUGACCUGCAGUCGUGACGCUACAGCCAGAGUUUGGGACAUUAGGACCAAGGCUAACGCCCACACACUGACUGGUCACACCAACACGGUCGCCACGGUGAAGUGUCAGAGUGCCGAACCUCAGAUAAUCACAGGAAGCCAUGACACCACCAUCAGACUGUGGGAUCUGAUCGCCGGAAAGACCAGAGCCACGCUGACCAAUCACAAGAAAUCUGUGCGAGCGCUGGUGCUGCAUCCGCGACAAUACACGUUCGCCUCGGGAUCUCCAGACAACAUCAAGCAGUGGAAAUUUCCGGAUGGGAAUUUUAUCCAGAAUCUGUCAGGACACAACGCCAUCAUUAACACUCUCGCAGUGAACUCAGAUGGAGUUCUCGUUUCUGGAGCCGAUAAUGGUACGAUCCACCUGUGGGACUGGAGGACGGGGUAUAAUUUCCAGCGGAUCCACGCGGCCGUGCAGCCCGGCUCUCUGGACAGCGAGUCUGGGAUUUUCUCCUGCGUGUUUGAUCACUCCGAGAGCCGCCUAAUCACAGCCGAGGCAGACAAAACCAUCAAAGUGUAUAAGGAGGACGACACGGCGACAGAGGAAUCCCACCCGGUCAACUGGAAGCCUGAGAUUCUUAAGAGAAAAAGAUUUUAAA